CACUCCCUCUCUCUCGCUCUCUCUCUGUCUCUCACACUCACUCACUGACUUGGCAAAUAAGGAAAAAGACAAUAAGGAAGGAACAAGUGACCGCGGUAGAGAGGGAAUGCAAUCUCUGGUGAAACUUUCACACGCCCAGGAAGGAGAGAGCGACAGAGCGAGACAAGGCAAGAACUCAGAUGUCUCGCUGGAUUCCCACUAAGAAGGAAAAAUACGGAGUCGCGAUCUACAAUUACAAUGCGAAAGAAGAGGUGGAGUUAUCGCUGCAGGUGGGAGAUUCCAUCCACAUCCUGGAGACACACGAAGGUUGGUACAGAGGCUGCACACUGCGGAAUAAAUGGAAAAAGGGCAUCUUUCCCGUGACCUACAUCCAUGUGAAGGAAGCGACUGUGGAAGGCCGAGGACAGGAGGAGACGGUAAUUCCCACAGAGUUGCCUCUGGUACAGGAGCUGACCAUGACACUGCGAGAAUGGGCGCUCAUCUGGCACAAGCUUUACCUGAGCGGUAACCAGAAAAUGUUCAGACAUGUGCGGAACAUGACGUGCAGCCUGAUCGAGUGGCGUUCCCAAAUCCUGUCUGGAACUUUGCCGAAGGACGAGCUGUUGGAACUGAAGAGGAAAGUCAUUGACAAGAUUGAUUACGGGAAUCGGAUUCUGGGGCUAGACCUGGUGGUACGGAACGAGAAUGGUAACAUACUGGACCCUGAUCAAACAAGCACCAUCACCCUCUUCAAAGCUCACGAGACCAUCUCACGAGGGAUUGACGAACGGAUCCAGGAGGAGAAGAAGUCUAGGAUUCAGAGUAUGGAGCUUAGGCGUCAGUCUGUGUUCAGCAACAGCCACACCUACAGCCUUUACAUCAACUUGAAGAAUUUUGUCUGUAAUAUUGGUGAGGACGCAGAACUGCUGAUGUCUCUCUAUGACCCGAUUCAGUCUGAGUUCAUCAGUGAAAACUAUUUGGUGCGAUGGAGCAAGACUGGAAUGCCGAAGGAGAUAGAGAGACUAAACAACCUGCAAGUUGUCUUCACCGACCUGAGUGGCAGUGAGCUGCUGAGGGUGAAGACCAGCCUGGUGUGUCAGAUUGUCCGAGUGGGCCACAUGGAGCUUAAGGAGGGCAGGAAGCACACAUGUGGAUUGCGCAGACCCUUCGGAGUGGCAGUGAUGGACAUCACAGACAUCAUCAACGGCAAGGUAGACGAUGAAGAGAAACAGCACUUUAUCCCCUUCCAACAAGUGAUCGGGGAGAACGAGCCUUUGACCUCCGUCUUCAACAAGGUCAUCGCGGCCAAAGAGGUCAACCAUAAAGGGCAAGGUCUCUGGGUCUCGACAAAGCUGCUCCCAGGAGAUAUUCAGCAGGUCCACAAGGAUUUUCCUCACUUAGUUGACCGGUCAACAGCCAUCGCUCGGAAAAUGGGCUUCCCAGAGAUUGUCCUUCCAGGAGACAUUCGGAACGACAUCUACGUGACCCUGGUCCAAGGGGAGUUUGACAAAGGUAAGAAGAAGACACCGAAGAAUGUGGAGGUAGUGAUGGCUGUGUACGAUGAGGAAGGCAACCAACUGGAGAAAGCUAUCUUCCCUGGAGCAGGUUACGAGGGGAUAUCAGAAUACAAGUCUGUCAUUUACUACCAGGUGAAACAGCCAUUUUGGUACGAAACAGUCAAGGUAGAAAUCCCAAUCGAUGAUGUCCAUCGCUGUCAUUUGCGGUUCACGUUCCGACACCGGUCAUCCCAGGAGUCUAAAGACAAGUCAGAGAAGUUUUUCGGGAUGGCGUUUGUGAAGCUGAUGAAGGCGAACGGCACCACUCUUCGUGACGGGCGCCAUGACUUGCUCGUCUACAAGGGGGACAUGAAGAAGGCAGAGGAUGCCAGGUGUUACUUAGCACAGCCUGGCACAAAGGAGGAUGUGGAGACGAGCAAUGGGCAGGCUGGGAAGCUCACUCACCACUCGGGCAUGCUGCCCCUGACCAAGGACAGCUUUCAGAUCUCCACCCUCAUCUGCUCAACAAAGUUGACCCAAAAUGUUGACCUGCUCGGUCUCCUCAACUGGAGAUCAAGCCAUCAGAGCAUUGAACACAACCUCAGGAAGCUGAUGGAGGUGGAAGGGAGUGAAAUUGUGAAGUUUUUACAGGACACCCUGGACGCUCUGUUUAACAUAAUGAUGGAGACAUGCGAGAGCGACGUGUAUGAUUUUCUGGUCUUCGAUGCUCUGGUGUUUAUCAUCUCUCUGAUCGGAGACAUCAAGUUUCAGCACUUUAACCCUGUCUUAGAAACUUACAUCACCAACCACUUCAGUGCCACACUCGCUUACGUGAAACUCGCCAAAGUCCUGAAUUAUUAUGUCGGGAAAGCAGAGAACGGGGAUAAAACUGACCUUCUCUUCGCUGCCCUGAAAGCAUUGAAAUACGUCUUUCGCUUCAUCAUCCAGUCCAGGAAACUGUACCUGAGGAUCUAUGGCAGCGAAACGGACAACAACGCCUUCAACGAUUCCAUUCGGCAACUCUUCCUCUCCUUCAACUCCCUGAUGGACAGACCCCUGGAGGAAGCCAUCAAGAUUAAGGGAGCUGCACUGAAGUACCUGCCAGGCAUUAUCAAUGAUGUGAUGCUGGUGUUUGACCCCACAGAACUCAGUGUGCUGUUUACCACAUUUAUCCAGAGCAUUCCCGACAACCAGCUGGUGAGACAGAAGCUGAACUGCAUGUGUAAGAUAGUGGAGAGCGAUCUCUUCAAACACCCUGAUUGCAGGGAUGUACUGUUAACCCUCCUGAUCGAUCAGUUGAGUGGUCAACUGGACGAUAACACUAACAAGCCAGACCACGAAGCAUGUGGUCAGCUGCUAAGCAGUAUGCUCGAGGUGCUGGACAGGAGGGACAUUGGACCGACACAGAUGCACGUCCAAAUGAUCAUGGGACGUCUCCUGCGGAGGAUAAACCGGACGGUGAUUGGGAUGAACCGACAAUCCAACCUGAUUGGCAACUUUGUGGCCUGUAUGAUAGCGAUUCUGAAGCAGAUGGAAGAUUAUCACUACACUCAUUACAUCAACACCUUCAAGACUAGGCAGGACAUCAUUGAUUUCCUCAUGGAAACCUUCAUUAUGUUCAAAGACCUGAUUGGGAAAAAUGUCUACCCAGCGGAUUGGAUGGUCCUCAACAUGAUGCAGAACAGGGUCUUCCUUCGAGCGAUCAGCCAGUUUGCGGGAAUCCUCACUAAGCUAUUCCUGGACCAAGCCAACUUUCAAUUGCAGCUCUGGAACAAUUAUUUCCACUUGGCCGUGGCCUUUCUGGUUCAGGAAUCCCUUCAGCUCGAGGAGUUCUCCAGAGAGAAACGAAACAAGAUUCUCAACAAGUACGGAGACAUGAGAAAAAAGAUUGGCUUCCAGGUCAGAGAUAUGUGGUACAAUCUAGGCCCCCACAAAAUCAAGUUCAUCCCAGCCAUGGUGGGUCCUAUCCUGGAGAUAACCCUCGUCCCUGAGCCCGAGCUCCGUAGGGCCACCAUCCCCAUCUUCUUCGACAUGAUGCAGUGUGAAUACAGCGUUCACAGAGGCUUCCACGCGUUUGAAUAUGAGCUGAUAACAAAAGUGGAUCAAGAGGUGGAGGGCGGCCGUGGGGAUGAGCAGUACAAAGCUCUGCUGGAGAAAAUUUUGCUGGAACACUGCAGGAAGCACAAAUAUCUGGCCGUGUCCGGAGAGGCCUUUGUGUUGCUGGUGAGCAGCCUCCUGGAGAACCUUCUAGACUACAGGACCAUCAUGCACGACGAGAGCCGCGAAAACCGCAUGAGCUGCACCGUCAACGUCCUGACAUUCUAUAAGGAAAAGAAAAGAGAGGAUAUCUACAUAAGGUACUUGUACAAACUGCACGACCUGCACAAGGAUUGUGAAAACUAUACUGAGGCCGCUUACACGCUUCUGUUACACGCUGAACUUCUGCAGUGGUUGGAUGAUCCCUGUGAGGGUUACCUAGUCCGUAGGGAGGAUUCCCAGGCUCUGUCACACAGAGAGCUGAAAGAGAAGCUUUAUCAGGAAAUCCUACAUUACUUUGACAACGGCAAGAUGUGGGAAAAUGCCAUCCAGCUGAGCAAGGAACUGGCCGGGGUGUACGAGAAUGAGAUGUUUGAGUAUGAGAUGCUCAGUUCUCUGUUGAGACAGCAAGCCAAGUUUUAUGAAAACAUCAUGAAAGCCAUGAGACCACAACCCGAAUACUUUGCUGUGGGCUGUUAUGGCCAAGGCUUCCCUUCAUUCCUCAGGAACAAAAUGUUUAUCCACCGCGGGAAGGAGUAUGAACGUUAUGAGGAUUUCCGGUUGAAGUUAGCCACGCAGUUUCCCAACUCCGAGAAAAUGACCAGCACCUCACCUCCUGGGGACGACCUCAAAGUCUCCCCCAAACAGUAUAUCCAGUGUUUCACUGUGAAGCCAGUGCUCAGCCUCCCUCCCAAAUACAAGGACAAGCCUGUCCCAGAGCAAAUCCUCAACUUUUACCGUGUGAACGAGGUGCAGCAGUUCCAGUAUUCCCGGCCAUUCAGGAAAGGAGAAAAAGAUCCUCAUAACGAGUUUGCUACCAUGUGGAUUGAACGGGUGACGUACACAACAGCUUACAAGUUUCCGGGGAUUUUGCAGUGGUUUGAAGUCAAGUCCUCAACGUCUGAGGAGAUCAGCCCUUUGGAAAAUGCCAUUGAGGCCAUGGAGCGGGUCAACGAGAAGAUCAGUAACUUGGUGCAGCAACACACCUGGGAUCGCUCACUACCUGUCCACCCGCUCUCUAUGCUUCUCAACGGUAUUGUGGAUCCUGCGGUCAUGGGCGGUUUUGCCAACUACGAAAAGGCCUUCUUCACUCCUGAGUACAUUCAAACUCACCCCAAAGACCAGGAGAAAAUCGAUAUACUGAAACACUUGGUCGCCUUACAGAUCCCGUUACUGACUGAGGGGAUCAGGAUCCACGGGGAAAAAUCCACGGAAGAACUGAAACCUCUUCACGACAGGAUAACCUCCUGCUUCAAGGAACUGAAGGAGAAAGUGGAAAAGCUCUACGGAAUUAUCACUUUGGCCUCGUCCUUCACUGCCAGGAAGCGGAGCCGCUCAGGCUCAGUGGUGCUGCCCUAUAUAAUGUCCUCCACCCUCCGUCGCCUCUCCACCGUCUCGGUCACCUCCUCACUGACCUCCAGCUCCUCAGCCUCGUCAGACAGCACCUCCUCCCGCCCCGACUCCAACGGCUCAGUACUGGAGCCUCUGGUAGAGCAGAGGGGAGUGGCCCUGAGCAGAGGGGAGGACGGGCUGGACAGGGACGAGAUGGACUUCAGGAUCAGCAGGUCCAGGAGGAGGGAGAAGAACAUCAGCAAAUCCCAGGUCAUCUUCGAGAGGGACGUGAGGAGUGAGCUCUCGGCUUCGUCUGAUAAGGUUUACGUCUCGGAGGUGUUAUCCCCGCUCCGCCCCCAGAGACCGAAGAGCCUGCAGUUCGGAGACAAACGACUGUCCUCUUUCCAGUUCUCCUCUCAGCUCUCGCAGGGUUUGUCUCCCCUCAGCCCGGCUCCGACAACCCCCAGGACACUGAGUUUCCCCACCCUGCAGACAGAUGCUGAGACCAGAUUGACAGACAGCAGCCCCCCUCCCCCCACCCCCCCAAAACAUGCCAGCCAGCGGCACUCCCUCCACACACCUGGCGAUGCUCCACCGCUGCCGGACAAGACAGAGUCUCGGGGGUCGCGCCCGCCUCCUCCGCCCCCCAAGAGCCGACGAUCGCAGGUGGGGGCUCCCCCAGGGCCGGGCUGGGGAGCGGAAUAGCAGCGGAAUAGUACCUCCGCCCGUCCCCCCCGACCACUGCAGGGAGAACAGAGCUGCUCAAAGGGGGAAACCCCCAACCUUCACCCAACAGGAGCCUGUGGCGGAGCACUUGAACCCCUUCCUGACUGGAGAAAAUCCCCCAAUCCCCUCCCCCUCCUUUACCCCAUUCCCCUCCUUUUUUCCCCCCCUCCCCCUCCUUUCCCCCUCCUGUUGGGAAAAACUUGGAGUCGAACCAGAUCUACUUCCCAGUUUUCCCAACGGGGGAAAAUAAAUCGGAAAGGCUUGAUUGACAUUA